CUGUCAUCUGACCAUGAGGAUCUGGUGGCUUCUGCUUGCCAUUGAAAUCUGCACAGGGAACAUAAACUCACAAGACAUGUGCAGGCAAGGGCACCCUGGCAUCCCUGGGAACCCCAGUCACAAUGGUCUGCCUGGAAGAGAUGGACGAGACGGAGCGAAGGGUGACAAAGGCGAUGCAGGAGAACCAGGACGUCCUGGCAGCCCGGGGAAGGAUGGGACGAGUGGAGAGAAGGGAGAACGAGGAGCAGAUGGAAAAGUUGAAGCAAAAGGCAUCAAAGGUGAUCAAGGCUCAAGAGGAUCCCCAGGAAAACAUGGCCCCAAGGGGCUUGCAGGGCCCAUGGGAGAGAAAGGCCUCCGAGGAGAGACUGGGCCUCAGGGGCAGAAGGGGAAUAAGGGUGACAUGGGUCCCACUGGUCCUGAGGGGCCGAGGGGCAACAUUGGGCCUUUGGGCCCAACUGGUUUACCGGGCCCCAUGGGCCCUAUUGGAAAGCCUGGUCCCAAGGGAGAAGCUGGACCCAUGGGGCCCCAGGGUGAGCCAGGAGUCCGGGGAAUAAGAGGCUGGAAAGGAGAUCGAGGAGAGAAAGGGAAAAUCGGUGAGACUCUAGUCUUGCCAAAAAGUGCUUUCACUGUGGGGCUCACGGUGCUGAGCAAGUUUCCUUCUUCAGAUGUGCCCAUUAAAUUUGAUAAGAUCCUGUAUAACGAAUUCAACCAUUAUGAUACAGCAGCGGGGAAAUUCACGUGCCACAUUGCUGGGGUCUAUUACUUCACCUACCACAUCACUGUUUUCUCCAGGAAUGUUCAGGUGUCUUUGGUCAAAAAUGGAGUAAAAAUACUGCACACCAAAGAUGCUUACGUGAGCUCUGAGGACCAGGCCUCUGGCAGCAUUGUCCUGCAGCUGAAGCUCGGGGAUGAGAUGUGGCUGCAGGUGACAGGAGGAGACAGGUUCAAUGGCUUGUUUGCUGAUGAGGACGAUGACACAACUUUCACAGGGUUCCUUCUGUUCAGCAGCCCGUGACAGAGGAGAGUUUAUAAAUCCGCCACACCAUCCAUCAGAAUCAGCUUGGGAUGAACUUAUUCAGAUGGUUUUACUUUAUUAAUUCCUCCAAUUAUUACAAUAAUCAUAAAAAGGUGAAAACGGAAAAGUUAUUCCCAAAACUGAUUCUAUGUAACUUACUAUUUUUCCAGGAGUAAAUACUUAAAAUAG